AUGGAACGACAAGAGAGAUAUAUUUGUGUAAUUGGUGCAUCCAAUUGGGAUAUGUUUACUUAUUGUGACAGAAUCCCUGUUAUUGGUGAAACUAUAAAGGGAACUGAUUUCAAAGUGUCGUUUGGUGGCAAAGCUGCCAACCAAGCAGUUCAAGCAUCUCUAUUAAACACAAAAUCUCUGGGUGACGAUGUAUUUGGUAAUAAUACAUUGAAUAACUUUAAGAUUAGAGGUGUCUCUGUUGAACAUGUAAAUAUUGUACCUGGUGUUCCUUCAGGUUGUGCAUCUAUCACCGUCGACAAAGAGGGAUCAAACAACAUCAUUAUAGUCGGUGGAUCAAACGAUCUACUAGGAGAGCAAGAUGUAAUAGAAGCAACUAAAACCAUACAAAAUGCAUCCUAUCUUCUCUGUCAACUUGAAGUAAAUCUAAAGACAACAUUGAAAGCAUUAUCAAUUGCAAAAGAAUCAAAGUGUAAAACAAUAUUAAAUGUAUCACCAGUUACAAAUGACACAGAGAUGUUGAUGAAUAUGUUGGGUUGCGUAGAUAUUUUAAUUGUUAAUGAAGUUGAACUGAUCAAGUUGUCGAAUGAUCAUCAAGUGGAUGUCGAGAAUCUAGAGUCAGUACAUCAUGGAGCUCGUGAGUUGCUCAGAUUACAUAUAAUGGUUAGCGAUGUAAUUGUUACUCUCGGUGCAAAAGGAUGUGUUUUGGUGAACAGACUAUCUAUAGAUAAAUAUCAGCAUAUUAAACAUCGUGAUAAUGCCACCAUGGGUAAACCUGUAGUUGACACGACCGGUGCUGGUGAUUCUUUUAUCGGUGCAUUGGCACACUACCUAACCACCAGCAUGUUACCACUGGCAGAGUCUAUAGAACGAGCAUGCAAUGUUGCAGCGAUCUGUGUAACUAGAUACGGAACACAAACAAGUUAUGCUACAUUCUUAGAGUUAUCACCUGAAGAUCAGAUAUAA